ACACAAACAACUUGGCUUCACUUUGGAACACAUGGCUAAGGUGCUGCACGGAAAUGAAAACGUUUUGGUAUCCAAGUAUUUAUCUUAAAAAAAUAAAAAUAAAUGACUUCCAUUAAACUUGUUGGAAACUGAUAUGUCGCCAAUAUUCAGAUUUGUUUGACCAAAAAAGGUGCCUUGGUUGAAGAUGGAUGCAGUUCCCUGCAGUUGGAACACUACACGAGUUCAGGAGUCGUUUGCUCGGACUAAGCCUGCCUCAGACACUCUAACAAAGCUGGCAAAACUUGUUGCACAAAAGCAAGAUAGUCAAAGCCAAAACCAACUACUGCCUGAUGUGUGCCCGUGUGUGUGCGCACAGUGCAGCCAGGGAUUCUCUGACAUGGCUGAGUUAUUGCACCACCAGCAGGGAGAACAUGCCUUACGUAAGUGUCAUUGCUGCCUUUCCUGUGGCAAAGAGUUUUCUCUCCUAUCAUCUUUGCAGUUGCACAAGUGCAUUCAUGAUGCUGCUCCUUGUCAGGUCUGUUGUGGUAAAACCCAGCUAGGUGCUCCAUGCAGUGCAUGCAAGGCUUCAACCUCAGACUCUCAGAGUGUCCGGGAUAAGUCCCUUUAUCACCAGUCCCACCAUCAUGAUAGCAGAUCAUAUGCCUGUGCUCCGUGUGGUAAAAGCUUUAGCCAAAAGCAAUCUCUGCUUCGCCAUCAGCAGGCUGGCUGUAGUAAAUCUGCCACACGAACUGCAAAAGUUGUCAGCCCUCCCGCGGACUCUCCCUCGCCUGAAUCUGCCAUCUUGGACUCCUCUCCCCCUGACUCUCCCCCAACUGAUGCCACUAGUGCCCCAGAUCCUGACAGGCCAAGUCAAUGCCCACUUUGCGCCAAGAGGUUUCGCUCAGGGGCUGGCCUUGCAUGCCACCAGCGAUCCACCCAUCGGAAGGAGUGGAUCAUCUCCAAGUAUCCUCUACUAAAAGGAGGAUGCACAAAUGGGGUUCAUAGAUUAUCGAAGCAGAUGGCUGGGCCACCCCAACCAAAAAGAAGAGGCAGAAAGAGCCAGCUCCUCUCCUGUCGUUCCUGUGACAGGGUCUUCCUAAGCACUGCCAAGCUGUACUUGCACAGACAAGAGUCCCACAGCAGAGAGAAGGAUAUCAGAAGAGAUCCAAGGCCGCUGAUUAGCAAGCGGAGGAAAAGAGAGACUUACCCAUGUGACGUUUGUGGUAAAGUGUUCUUGCACCAUUUGUCACUUAAAGCACACGUCAAGAAUCAUAGUCGAGAACCACCAAGCCAUGUUCAGCAGGUUGGGAAAGCAGCCAAGGAGACCAAGUUAGUUGAGAAGACGCCAAAAAAGCCUAAAGGCAACAUAUCACGGAAGGUGGGAGGAACAUUGGUCAAGGCUAGCAGAGGGAGACCAAAGAAAAUUCCCAUGAAAGAGGAAGAGGGAGAGUUUCCUUGCCCGUCUUGUGCUGAGGUGUUUUCUUUGCAGUCUGCUCUGAAGGAGCAUGAGGAGCUGCAUCAGCCUACAGGGAGUAUGAGACACUGCAGCGUGUGCAGUCAGGGCAUGGGUAUCUCUAAGAAGCCUGGGGCCAAGCUUCGGAGGGCCUACCAUUGUGUUCCCUGCUUGAAGGCUUUUAUAACACUGGACACUUUCUUACAACAUUGCCAAGAUCACCUCGUUGACAGUGGCGAUGAGGAAGGGAGCAAUUUAUGACCCUGACAGUAAAAUGUGAGAUGAUGUACUCUUCCUUUUUUGUUUUUUUAACAAGCUGUACUGAGUUCCCCAAGAGAAUAUUAUGUGUUCAUGUACAUUUAAAAAUAUGUUUAGACCACUCACCAGAAUAGCUGUUUGAAUGUAAUUCAUAUCAACAUGCGAUUCAAGUUGCAACAAAACAUUUUUUUUUUUUUGUGUGUGUGUGUGUGCUGUCUGAUACCAUUCAUUUUGUGACUGACCAACAGUGGUACGCUGUGAAAUCAGUACAGAAACAGUCUUACUAGGCCUAAAUCCUCUUGAUCCUAAAUCCUCUUCAUUUAGACCUUUUAUAUUCCUUUACAAAUGUUGGAUCGGAUCCAACCAUCCAUUUGUCAUUAUGGUUUAAAUUAAAUGAAUAUACGCAAUAACUCAUUUAGUAUUGUUGCUGCAACUGUUUUUAAAAAUCUCAAUAUCAAAUCAAAUGUAUUUAUAAUACCUUGUCUCUAUGAAGCCCCCUCACUCUACCUUGUCUCUAUGAAGCCCCCUCACUCUACCUUGUCUCUAUGUAGCCACCUCACUCUACCUUGUCUCUAUAAAGCCCCCUCACUCUACCUUGUCUCUAUGAAGCCCCCUCACUCUACCUUGUCUCUAUGUAGCCACCUCACUCUACCUUGUCUCUAUGAAGCCCCCUCACUCUACCUUGUCUCUAUGUAGCCACCUCACUCUACCUUGUCUCUAUGAAGCCCCCUCACUCUACCUUGUCUCUAUGAAGCCCCCUCACUCUACCUUGUCUCUAUGUAGCCACCUCACUCUACCUUGUCUCUAUGAAGCCCCCUCACUCUACCUUGUCUCUAUGUAGCCACCUCACUCUACCUUGUCUCUAUGAAGCCCCCUCACUCUACCUUGUCUCUAUGUAGCCACCUCACUCUACCUUGUCUCUAUGAAGCCACCUCACUCUACCUUGUCUCUAUGAAGCCACCUCACUCUACCUUGUCUCUAUGUAGCCACCUCACUCUACCUUGUCUCUAUGUAGCCACCUCACUCUACCUUGUCUCUAUGAAGCCCCCUCACUCUACCUUGUCUCUAUGAAGCCACCUCACUCUACCUUGUCUCUAUGAAGC